AUGAACACAAUCAGAACAUUGAGACCAUCAUAUGGAUCCUCUUAAGAGAUUCAGAUUAACACAACUUGUUCUUCCACUCCAAAGUUGACUAAAUCUCAAACCUUUAUCCAAAUGAAGGUCAAAUGUGCCUCAUCGAGUAGUAAAAAUUCAACAUCGACAAAAUUAAACUCUCCUUAUCAACCUCACCAAAAGAGUCAAUUCUCUGUUAGAACCCACUCUGAUUCAUAAGACGCUCAUUCUAUACUAAAUGAAUGCGUUCACAUUUUCAAGGAGAUCUAACAGAGUUCUAUGAUUACCCAAAAUGAAAUAGUUUUACUUGAUGUGAAAUAGAAGAUGUGCAAUAUUGAAAACAUAGUUGAAGAAAUUAGACGAUAUCAAAAUACCAAAAAUUUAAAUUAAAACAAGAUCUCCCAAAUUAUGUUACAAAUUAUUGAAGAAAAAAGGCAAAAGCAAUAAGCCAUACGGUCAGGAGAAAAUCUAAUCAAGUAAUAAGCUAAUUAGAUUCAAUAGUUGAAUCUAAGAAUUUCUCUUUAUGAAUGA